UCUCCAUUCGUCGAGGAGAGUUCAAAGCUACAGGCUGUAUUGUGUGUGCGCUAUUGGAUAUUUUAUUCUAUUGAGACAUUCCGUGAUUCCGAAGGCUUGCUCGGUGUGAUAAGUUACAUUAGAAUGGACCCCGUGGCUGUGCUUCGUGGGCAUGACCCAGGGACCAGUGAUAACUCAUCGCCAGUGACAGCAUUAUCUGAGGAAGUUUCAGAGUUAAUCCCAAUCAUGGAAUCUGGUUAUAGUUCUUCAGGAGCAAACAACCCAGAUGUCUCUGAGUAUUUAGAUGAAGACCAAAGACAUCAGACUCUGCUAAUAUCUAUCAGAAACAUAAAUCAGCUUUCAUACAAUCAGCUGGAAUCACAAAAUGAUGAAUUGUUUUCAAACUUGGAUUCAGGUUUGAUAAGUACUGUGAGAGAUGGAAAUAUCGAGUCUGCACAGAGAGAUGAAAGUCAGAUUCAAGCUAUGUACAGCAGUCUAUUAGAAAUCAGCCUUGCUGCACAUGAUGAUGCAUUAAUGGAACCAGUAAUUCAACAGGAUGAGGAAAGUUUGCCCCUUGAUACUAAUGUACCUGAUCUAACAGAUGUUCCUGUUCAAGAAUUAUUUCAAAGUUCAAGAGAUAUAACAGUUGAGCCUCAAAGUUCAAGAGCUAUAACAGUUGAGCCUCAAAGUUCAAGAGAUAUAACAGAUGAGCCGCCUACUAUGGAGUCAGGAAGAAUUAUGCAAGAAACUAAUAACACAGAAGAUGAUCACGAUGUGCACUCCUGUGCUAAAGAUGUUAGAGUUGCCUUCUACUUUGUGCAAGGAGUAAAUAUCAAUGAUCCACAAAGAGUUGGUGACCUUAAUCUGCUACACCGUCUACACAGAUUAGGCAGACUUCCUCUUGUUGAUUGUAUCUACUGUUUAGUGCAGAGAGUUGCUGUUCAGAACUUGCCUUGUGGAUGCUGUUGUAGCUGUUUACUAUGUGCUCAUAGAAGGAUGUUUUGUGCUCAGUGUCAGAGUCGAAUUCAAGACAGCAGACCUCUAGAUUGAGACCUAUAGCAUUGUAUAUGUACGUGAAAGCUUCUAUGAAUAUGACAAUUGAAUAUGAUAAGAUGUUUGGUAUACUUUGGUAUACUUUAUGAUAUGAAGAUAGUAAUAAUUGAUACGUAAACUAAUCACCCAUACUAUGAUGACAACUUGAUAAUUUUUACUUGCCUGCGAUAAGGCAGCUGUCAUUGCUUUGGAUGAAACAAUUUUGUGUGGCUUAAACUUAAAAAUGUUAAACAUUAAUGACAUACAACUUCUCGGCAUGCCUGCGAUAAGGCUUGAUUGUGAAAUAUUACCAGUGCUUUCAAACCUCAUUUUAAUUUUUGGUAAGCAUUCUAAGCUAACAGUUCUCCCUUGUAAAUUAUGUCAGAGUGAUAAAGGCAUCUUCAUAUAAUGAGGUUUGAUUGUAUUGUGUGUACCAGUGUGCCUGCUGUAAGGUAACUCUCAAGUUUUGUGAGAGUUGUUGAAAUAAGGAAAAAAUUGUGUAGUUAAGUCAUUCUAUUGUUUUAACAUUAAUGCCCCAAUUGUUUUCAUUGUCUAAAUGAUCAAUAAAAAUUUUAUUGAUCUAUAAUUUAAGAUAAUUAUUAUGGCCCAUAAUGGCAUUUGUUGGAUGUAAAAGAAAAAACUUUGAGUUUGGCUUGUAGUAGGUUGGCUCACAAUGAGUUUGGCCUGGAAUCAUCAAAUAUUCUACAUGAUUCAAAAAGGAUUUUUGCCAUUUUAAGUUUUUUGCUGGCUUUGUGCCCUCCUUCCUCUAACUUUAAAAAAUUUUUAAUUGUGACUGUGCAUCUGCACACUAUCAUUUUUUCAUUCUGUGCAUUUGUCUAAUCUCUGAUUAUCUCAGUUUGAAGAUAGUAUGACUGAACUCUGAAAUAGUCAAACAAUUUUCAUACAACCCCAUCUAGUCUUGAAAUAACAAACUACUAAAUUGUGAGCUUUUGUCACUUAUACAUUCCACUGGAACUCCAUGACAUUCCAAAAUAACUUUCAAUGCUCUGGUUACUGUUCCAUAUGUUGUAUGUUUCCAUUGUCAUUGGAAAAGUUGUCCACCACCACCAUGUUCACAGUUCAAAGAUUUCCAAACCCACUCUAUGCCAUAGAGACGGAGACUGUAGAUUAGAAUUAAGUGACUCUCUUGGUUUUCUUUCCUGGUAAACUUGACAAAUGCCACAGUUGUUGACCAUACUUGAAAUAUUGUCAUUCAUUCUCGGCCAGAAAAAUGACUCAUGGGCUCUGUGUUUACAGUUUUCAAUGCCCAAAUGCCUUUGAUGUCAACAUAAUGGGCCUUAAUUUCCCUGGAAUCAGCACUCUGCAGCUUUUGAAAACCAUUCCAUUCACAAUAGUCAGCUCAUCUCGCACAUUCCAAAAAUUCCAAUAAAUUCCUUGGGGCAUUCAGCUUUUUCUUUAGGCCACCCCUGUGUAAUUACGGCCAUCAAAGAUUGUAACACAUCAUCUGGAGUACACAUUUCUGUAAUCAUAUUAAAUGUAUCCUUUGACACUGACAUAAAGCUUUGAAUACCAUCCACAUGAUCUGCUAACUCUUUAUCCACUGGAGCGCAAGGAGCAUUCCCACAAGCUCUUGACAAUAUAUCUUCAGUCCAUAGCUCUUUAACUGGAACGUAAACACCAUUCAUGUCAAGUUUUUAAAGACAUAACCUAAACCUUGUAACUCUUGGCGGACAAUGACAUAAAGCUUUCGUAAAGAUGUUCCCCAAGGGUUAAUGGCUUGUCUCUUCUAGUACAUCCGUACUCAACCUUGUGAAAUGUUUCAACCCAAAUGCUGAGAGUCUCUUUUUUCUAUCUGGCAUAUUUUUUCUCUGCUUUAUUCAUAGAUCUAGAUGCAAAGCUUAUAGGACACCAUCUGUCUCCAUGGUUUUGAAGCAGUACAGCUCCCAACCCUGAUUUAGAUGCAUGUCUGUAACUUCAGCGCUUUAUUAGGAUCGUAAAAUUUCAAACCUUGACAACUCCAUCCAAAUACACCACAGUGAUGUUUUACUAAUAGUUUAUUCUUUAUGUUACUAGUCUUCACUAUUUCCUCUCAAUGAAUCCAAAUCUUUCACAAUUUAAGCCUAUUACUGGCUGUACUUCAUUUUUAUCAGCAAUAAAUCUACACAACAUUUUCCUUUUGUUCACUGUGACAGGUAUCUCACACUAACCAGUUAAUGGGAUAUGGUCUUGUGGAAACAAAUCUCACUUUGGUUGGCUUAUAUUUUAUGUUUCUCUCCUGGACAUCUCUCCUACUUAUUACAUUCACCCCCUGCCUGAAUUGAGCUCAAAUAAACUUGUCACAUAAAAUAAUGGAGACAAUCCAUUCCUCGUCAGUAGACAUAAUAUUGUGUGUGGCACUGUGUUCAAUCUAAGUUAGAUUUAGAAUCUGGGCCCUAUUCUUAUACAAGAAUCGUAGAUCUAAUGAUCUAAUCUAGUUAAGACUUCAUUGUUUAGAUAUUGGACUUUUCUUGAAUACUAGAUUUAGAUCUCUAACCUAUAUUGUAUUAAAAUUCCAAAAUGCGAAAAAGUUAAAUGCACUUUGCCAGACUGUGGCUUGUGUCCUAUACUCACAGCUAUGCCAGUAACCCAACAAAUUCAUACAGUAUUUAAUUACAGCUAAGAAGGCAAUAAAAACAAAGUCUCUUGAGCAUCUCAAAGGCUGUUUGCCAAAAUCUAAAAGCUUCAUCUCAAUUGCAAAGAUUUUGCAACCUUUUCUAACAAAAGUAUCAAUCAGAUACUGGUUGCUCAUUAAUGCUUUAUGGCUCAAGACGCCUUUAGCAUGCUUCAGUCAUUUUAGCAAAGAUUUAUGACACCAGAAUGUACUUCUGUUACAGCACUGCUUAGAGUAGAUUUGACAGACACACUUCACUUCUAAAUUAAAACUUAAGCCAGUGCUGGGAUGUUUUAAAUUUCUAUAUGGAAAGCAGAAAGUUUCUGCUAACAACAGUUCUCAAACUCGUCUAAAAAUCUCCUUGAAAAAUUCUAUUGUCCAGAGUUUAAAAUGGCAAAAGCCUUAAUACCCUUUGCAAGAUUUUGAUAGCUCUUUAACUUAUUUAUAUGCCCCUUUGAGCAUCUGGGUUCUGCUUGGUCGUAUCAGUGCAGAUGUCUGUGACAUUAAAUCUGAAUUUACGCAAUGGCACAAUUCCAUUCCAAUUCUACAGUGUCACCUCUGAUAGACUGAAUACUUUCUUUAGCCAGCUUGUGAACACUGAAUUUUUUUCAACUCUGGUCAGCGAUGACAGGAAUUUUGUUGACAAUACGAGUAUGGUUUUGUUAUUUAAUUUAAUUAUUAAACCUAAAUUACACCAACUUUGACUAUUGUUAUAUAAUAUUUUGGCGCAAAUUUUAUGUCCUGGAGUUUUAAAAUUUCUCCUGGAAAACUCCUGGAAUCUUAUAUAGACAUUGGUGCAGAAACCCUGUUUCUCAUCUGCUCCUAUUGCAGUCAUAUAUAAAACAAACCUUUGUUUAAAUCUUUGCCACUCUUCAGCCGGGUUCGUGGCUCAUUAGGAGGGGGUAUUCUUUCCAUUUUACAAUGCUGUCACAAUGUAAAGAUCACAACAAGGUGAAAUAAGCACAAAAAUAACGCCCAGACAGUAAUCUUUAAUGCCAUCUUGAGCUAGACUCAUCGCUUCUACACAUUAUUUGUGCAUUAUUUACAUAUCAGCACAAAUGCAAUUUCUUGAGUAAGAUAUUAAUAGUGAAUGUUGCUCCUCUUACCUGAUACACUGGUAAGAAAUUCUUUAUAUCCCCGCUAUCCUGUCUACAGAAACCUUGGUUUAGCUGUUUAUGAUGGUAAUGCCCAUCAUCAGUAUUUGAAAGACAAAUGAAAACAUUCCUUUAAAAUAAUCAUUGUAGUAAAUAGCAGAGGUGGACAAGUAUCUUAUCAGACAGUUUGACAAUUCUUAUUUACGCUACAUUUGCCAGUUGUGUUUUGACAUUUGCUCACACUUUUGAAAUAGUGAUUUUUUAAAAAAUGUAUGGCUUUAUGAUUUUAUUGCAUUUUUUUUUAUUCUUAAUUCUUUUUGUAAAUCUUUUUAAAAAUAUUUCCUCUUUCCAUAAAGGUUGUAAUGUGUGUAAAUAAUGUAUUGUUGAGAGUUACUCAUAUCAUAUGAGCUAACUUACAGUUUUUAUUUUUGCAUAUAGGUAUAUAUGUAUUGAAUAGUUAUAAUUUAAAGUAACCGAAAUAAAAUUGAGAAC